UAAUAAUAGUAAUCAUCAUCAUCAUCAUCAUCAUCAUCAUCAUCAUCGCAAAUGCAGAGAGAAACCGCCUGCCGGCUGCUCCACUAUCCCCACAUCAUGCGAUCCAGGGAGCAAGAAGAACCGACACCUUCACAUAAAAUCAUCAGCCCACCCUCUGGAAUAACUUACCCUCAUGAUGAUGUCUCGGAUUAUGGUCUGAAGCCAUACCCCUUCGUUUUGCCUAGUCUUUCGGCAGAUCACAUGAGCCGAUAUGGACAGCCAGAUAGCUUAGGGUCAAAAUGCUACUUGGACCCUGUCAAGGCUGCAGGUCCCCCUACUUUGAGCCCUAGGAUUGAGAUAACACCAUCUUAUGAACUGAUUCAUUCGGGGGGUCCCUUCAGCAGCAGAGACACAGAUCUAUUGGUAGAGCAUCAGUCCAGCUCAGCUGCCACUAGCCCAAGGUUUACCCUGCCUGUCCCUGGCUUUGAAAGCUAUCGAGAACCGCUGUGCCUGAGCCCUCCUAGCAGUGGCUCCUCUGCAAGCUUCAUUUCAGAGACAAAUUUCUCUCCUUAUACCUCACCAUGUGUUUCACCAAAUAAUGGUCCUAGUGAUGACCUUUGUCCACAAUUUCAAAACACCCAUGCUCAUUAUUCCCCCAGAACCUCUCCAAUAAUGUCCCCACAAGCCACCAUCGUUGAGGAAACCUGCUUGGGGCCGCGCUCACCUUCACCACGUCCCAACUCACGGUCAUCAUCACCAGGGGCAAAGCGGAGGUACUCUUGCACUGAGCUCUACGGGAAUCAGCAACCUUCUGCUUCUCCACGACAAUCGAGGACCCCUUCUCCGCAGGCCUCGCCUCAGAUUCCCUUGAGAGAAGACGGAUCUUCAGUCACUUACACCCAGCUGUCCACUUCAUCUAGCCUCAUGGAUGCAAUGAGCAACCUCAGCACAGAUCCCAUCUGCGGAGUUCCCACAAAAAUAUGGAGAACUAGCCCGGAUCCUUCUCCGAUGUCAUCCCACAAAGCAAGCAUGUCGUGUCAUGUGCUUCCACCUAUUGAAUACAUUGGAUCCUGUGAUCAGGAUGAUCGGAGAAACCCACCCCCAGAGUCCAUCUUGCUGGUGCCACCUUCUUGGCCGAAACAACUGAUGCCUGCAAUACCCAUCUGCAGCAUUCCUGUACAGUCUCUCCCACCACUUGAGUGGCCGCUGUCCAGUCAUUCUGGCUCUUAUGAAUUGAGGAUUGAAAUCCAGCCAAAACCCCAUCAUCGUGCCCAUUAUGAGACUGAAGGGAGCCGAGGGGCAGUCAAAGCACCAACAGGGGGACACCCUGUGGUCCAGCUUCAUGGUUACAUGGACAGUAAGCCCCUGGGACUUCAGAUCUUCAUUGGAACGGCAGAUGAGCGGAUUCUUAAACCACAUGCUUUCUACCAAGUCCAUCGCAUUACGGGGAAAACAGUCACCACAACAAGCUAUGAGAAAAUCAUUGGCAACACCAAAGUGCUGGAAAUUCCCUUGGAGCCAAAAAAUGACAUGAAAGCAACUAUUGACUGUGCAGGCAUCCUCAAACUGAGGAAUGCAGACAUUGAACUCAGGAAAGGGGAGACUGAUAUUGGUCGGAAGAAUACCCGCGUGAGGCUGGUUUUCCGUGUGCAUAUUCCUGAAUCUAGUGGCAGGAUAGUUUCUCUGCAAGUGGCAUCAAACCCCAUUGAAUGCUCCCAGCGCUCUGCUCAUGAACUCCCGAUGGUUGAGAGGCAAGAUGUUGACAGCUGCCUUGUAUACGGGGGGCAACAGAUGAUCCUAACUGGCCAGAAUUUUACUGCAGAAUCUAAGGUUGUAUUCACAGAGAAAACACCAGAUGGGCAACAGAUAUGGGAGAUGGAAGCCACAGUGGAUAAAGAUAAGAGCCAGCCUAAUAUGCUUUUUGUAGAGAUACCAGAAUAUCGGAACAAGCACAUUCGUACUCCUGUCAAGGUGAAUUUCUAUGUGAUCAAUGGAAAAAGGAAAAAAAGCCAGCCACAACAUUUCACCUACCAUCCAGUGCCUUCCAUCAAAACAGAACCCAUUGAUGAUUAUGAUCCAGCUUUAAUCUGCAAUACAGUACACAGUGGUCUGAGAACAGUAACACAGCCUUAUUAUUCACACCAUACAAUGGUCUCCGAGUCUCCUUCCUGUCUUGUGGCCACAAUGGCUUCCUGCCAGCAGUUGCGUUCAAGCCUGUCUUCUCCUGAAUCUCAGUAUCCUCAACAAAACCCAGGGGCUGUAAUAUAUCAAAGAAGCAAGAGUCUCAGUCCUAGCCACCUGGGCUACCAGCAAUCCAGCUUGAUGGCUGCACAAGUCUCCAUUCCGGAUGUUCACAGGUCAGUGCUAGUACACACAGGAUCCCCUAGCCAAAGCUCAGCAGUGCUCCAUCAUUCUUCAGCCAAUCAGCAAUCUUCUCCUGUGAUUCACUGCUCUCCUACGACCAAUCAACAGCUAAGGUGUGAAAGCCAUCAAGAAUUUCAGCACAUCAUGUGUAGUGAAAAUUUCACAUCCAGUGGUGUGAGACCCAGCCAGCCUCAGGUCAGCCAAGCACAAAGAUUAAGCCCAAGUUCAUACCCUACAGUGAUUCAGCAGCAGAGAACAGUCAAAAAUGGACCACCAGUAAGUGAUCAGAAAGAAACAGUAUCAACGGGAGUUACUGUCAAACAGGAACAGAAUCUUGACCAAGCCUAUUUGGAUGAUGUUAAUGAAAUUAUCAGGAAAGAAUUUUCAGGAUUGCCUGCCAGAAGUCAGACAUAGAAGAGAUUUGCAAGUCAACUUUUAUUGAACACUUCCGUACCUGACCUCUUAGAUUCUUCUCCUGCCCCAUCAGCCUCCUGCUUCCUUAACUGAUCAUCUCAAGGCACCAGUUCAACACCAGGAACAAUGCACUGGCAUCAAACUGACAGUUUUGACUAAGCAGCCCGGCACCUCUUGCUGUAAACAUCAAAAAGAACACGCUUCCUUUUGUUCAAAGAUCAUGUUGUUCUCAUGUCACCAGGCGUGCACUUGACACAACAUAUUACUAUGACUGCAAAUACACACAUACAUUCACAGAAUGGAAAGAGAAAUGUGACAGAAAAAAGAAGGCCUCAGUCCAGAAACCUGUGUUGAAGUGAAGUGGGAUUAUAUUUGUGUUGUGAACAACACGAGAUGAAUUGCGGAGUUGCCAGUUCAGCAGAAAAAUAAUGUGGUUUCUAAAAUGAUCAAGUUGACCAAAUUUUUUUGAAAAGGAAAAAUGAUAAGAUCUCUUACAAUAUAAUGCACAGGCACCACGCCAGAAAAACAUAAGGGAGCAGAUUUAUGAAUGCAGGAUGGUCUUUGUUCUUUUCCAAAUAGGGGUUUGACCACCAUUCUACACAGUUUCUUAGGAGUUUCAAAAGCAACUUGCAAUCUAGCACAAGAAGGCUACUUUAAGUGGGAGGUGGGGAUAAGGAAGGCCACACCAUGUGGGCACAUCUGCUUAUCAAGCUGUAAUACACAUCUUUGAACAAUGCCUUUAGUAUGUUGUUGCUCUCAUCUCAGGAUACAUUGAAGCCAAAUUUGCUUUGCUUUGAAUUAGAAGAGAUAAACUCAAUUAACAAUGCUAUAAAAAUUGAGCAUUUUAGGACCCAUGGGUUUCAGUGGAAGAGAUUUGCAUGAAUCAGUGUGUAAAACUCCCUCUGAAAUGGACUGGAACUUUUCACUUUCUUCUUAGUGAGUUUCUCAUAGUCAAUGCAGGAGUAUAGAUAAUGCAAAAGUAAAUUGAGUUUUAUCUUAGAUUCUCAGUCUAUACAGGACUGGUUUGUUGUGUUUUUUGUUUUUUUUAAAUAUGAACUGGAAACUGUUCCCAUAGUUUAAUAGUGGGAUUUUUGCAAAGCAGUAAGCUCUUAAGAUUCAGGGUAUAAAUCAUAAGAGCAAACAACCCAAAACGAUGUCAUGAUUUCAUUUAUAGGAAAGAUGACUUGCAAAACAAUUUAACUGGUUAAAUAUGUUUUCCUGCCUCGGUGCUCAAUACAGCAGCUAACCAAAUGACAAGAAAUAUCAGGGACCUUUCUGAAUUAUUCUCUAACAAGGGUGAUUCCCCCCACUCCCAUGAAAAAUGUUCAGAUUUCCUGGCAAGGAUAAUUGACAUGUAUCCAGUAUGGAUACUGUGAUUCUCCCAUAGUUCUGCUGCAAGGAGAAACCACAGUGUAUUUGAGCUUCCUUACACAAUGUAUCAUGUAAGUUAGCUAAUUCACAUUUCUUGGCCAGCUGAUGUAGUGCAGAUGUGGUAAAUGAUAGUCAGUCUACACAUCUAGAUGGAACAUAGGGUACAGAAUUUCUGGAACUGUAUCAUCUUAGACUGCAGUUGUGGUUUGUAUGGAUAAUUUCAUGAUUGAGUGUUCCUUCACAAUAUUUCACUAUUUAUGCAAAAGAAGCACAACAGAGAGCAAUGGCUCUCUGUUCUUCUACAUCACCUGCAUGCAGUCUGACAUUCUACAGUUCCAAAAAAUGUAUACCGCACGAUUUAACAUCACAUGUAGACUGACUUAAAUAUUCUUCAUUUAGUGGAGCUCAUAAAGAUUAAAUAAAUCUAUUGCUAAAUUGCUAACAAUUAAAUUUUCCCCACAACCCAUACAGAACAAGAAGAGCAAGGAAGCGCCAUGCCAUAUCAUCUGGCCAUUUCCAAGCAAUACAAAGGAAGAAGAGAAGAAGCUACUAUGCUCAGCUGAAUCCAGCUCUUUACUGACAGUGGAUCUGUAAUGGUAUGGGCUUCUGGCUUUUCAUACCAUUGGCACUGUCAAUUGCCAGUAUUUAUAUGAGCACAGCAAGGGGGACUAGGAUUCCAUGCUAGCCUUUCUCAUCAAGGGGGAGAAUUUUAUGAUGAUUCUCUUCAUCCUUACUAUGACUGAUUUGGAUGCAGGAUAGCACUCUGUGUGUGUGUGUGUGUGUGUGUGUGUGUGUACCUUCAAGUUGCCUGUUGCCUUAUUAUGACCCCAAGAAUUUCAUAGGGGUUCUUAGACAAGAAAAACUCAGAGGUGGCUUUUUCCAGUUCCUUCCUCUGAAAUGUAGCUAAUAGCGCCUGAUAUUAAUUGGAUCUCCCAUAUGAGUACAAAUGAGGCCCAAGCCUGCUUAACCUCUAAGAUCAGACAGGAUCUGGUGCUUGUAGGAUAGAAUAGUUAGGUUGCAGUUUAGAGCUUGUUUCUUUACCUUUCAGUCUCCUAUUGACUUAUUGACAGAAAAGCCAGUCAGCCAUCUACGUUUCACCCAUAUCCUUUUGUCAGUGGCUCUAUGACUUGCUCUAAGUCAAGAUCAAGCAGAGGUGUGACAUGUAUAAAAAGAGGUAAGAAGGGACAAUAACAGUUGUACAUGUAAAGAGGGAUGCUUGGCAAUCUUAUUGGAGGCUGUGACUGAUGUUUUUUAUUGUAUGAAUUGGUUUUCAUUUUCACCUGAAAUUAACUUCUUAAGCCAGUUCUCUAGUGCAAUUCACAAUACCUUCCAACAACAAAUUCUUAGACUGGUUUCUGAAUUUCAGUGCACAUCUUAGAAUUGUUUUCAUGUCAGGUUAACUAUCAGACAAAA